GGCUGCCACCGCCCCGUCUCCGCUCGGCCUGGGCCCGGCGCACGGCCGCUGGCGGGGGGGGCAGAGGGCGAGGCGCGCCAUGGCGCUGGGUUCGGCGUGGAAGCAGAUGUCGUGGCUGUACUACCAGUACCUGCUGAUCACCGCGCUGUACAUGCUGGAGCCUUGGGAGCGCACCGUCUUCAAUUCCAUGCUCGUUUCCAUCGUUGGAAUGGCACUGUACACGGGCUACGUGUUCAUGCCUCAGCACAUCAUGGCAAUAUUGCACUACUUUGAAAUUGUGCAGUGAUGAAGACCGUAUUUUCAAGAAGUAAUUUGGCUUUGAAAUCUGGUCUGUGAACAAGAAGAAUGAACAUCUUACUUCUAACAAGACUUCUGCUGAUGUCAGAAAGACACAGUUAUGACUCUGAAGAUUAGCAAACAAGAUACGUAGAGCAGGGACGUGAGAUGUCCCCUAUGUUGUGUUCAUUCCUUUUAGUUUUACAGGAUAGGCCCUUGUAUAGUAGUUUUGUCUACUUUAACAUUGUGAUUGUACUUUGAUAUCAGUAUUUUCUUAACUUUGUGACAGUUUCAAUAUUGCACUGUGAAAGCUUUUCUUAAUUGUAAUUUUGAGUAAAUCUUAAUUGCCUUCUAUUUUUAAUUGAAAAGUCAUCUUAUUAAAUGGGGCUUAAAGCUUUUGCUAUUGUA